CCUCCCUUCUUCCGUGCUUGCUGGAGGAGAAGCGCUGAGGCGAUUCAAGCGCACCACGGACGUGAACGCGGUUCGGCUGACGCUCCGAAUAGAAUUAAAAGGGAAAAUUGCACUGAAUACAUUCGUUGAGGACUGCCAGCUCGUCCGCAAUGGGGAACCGGGGUAUGGAGGAUCUGAUCCCCCUGGUGAACCGCAUGCAGGAUGCCUUCUCGGCCAUCGGUCAGAACGCCAACCUGGACCUGCCUCAGAUCGCCGUAGUGGGCGGACAGAGUGCGGGGAAGAGCUCGGUUCUGGAGAACUUCGUGGGCAAGGAUUUUCUUCCACGUGGCUCUGGCAUCGUGACCCGUCGUCCUUUGGUCCUGCAGUUGAUGAACUGUCCCACAGAGUAUGCUGAGUUCCUACACUGCAAGGGAAAAAAGUUUACAGACUUUGACGAGGUUCGUCAGGAGAUUGAGGCUGAGACUGACCGCAUGACUGGUGCCAACAAGGGAAUCUCUCCUGUUCCUAUUAAUCUGAGAGUGUACUCCCCACACGUGCUCAACCUGACGCUGGUGGACCUGCCUGGCAUGACCAAGGUGCCCGUGGGCGACCAGCCUGCUGAUAUUGAGACUCAGAUUCGGGACAUGCUGCUGCAGUUUGUCACCAAGGACAACUGCCUGAUGCUUGCCGUUUCGCCAGCCAACUCAGAUCUGGCCAACUCAGACGCUUUAAAGAUUGCCAAAGAGGUCGACCCACAGGGAAUGAGGACAAUUGGUGUGAUAACCAAACUGGACCUUAUGGACGAAGGGACAGACGCCAAGGACAUCUUGGAGAAUAAGCUGCUUCCACUUAGAAGAGGGUACAUUGGCGUGGUCAACCGGAGCCAAAAGGACAUCGAUGGGAAGAAAGACAUCACUGCCGCCCUGGCUGCUGAGAGGAAGUUUUUCCUAUCUCAUCCCGCCUACAGGCACCUGGCUGAACGCAUGGGUACAGCGUACCUGCAGAAAAUCCUAAACCAGCAACUCACCAACCACAUCAGGGACACGCUGCCAGCUCUGCGGGCUAAGCUACAAAGCCAGCUUCUCUCCAUCGAGAAGGAGGUGGAGGAGUACAAGAACUUCAGGCCUGACGAUCCGUCUCGCAAGACCAAAGCUCUGCUCCAGAUGGUGCAGCAAUUCUCAGUGGACUUUGAGAAAUGCAUCGAGGGUUCUGGGGACCAGAUCGACACAGCCGAAUUGUCUGGCGGCGCCAAGAUCAAUCGCAUAUUCCACGAGCGCUUCCCUUUUGAGCUCGUCAAGAUGGAGUUUGACGAAAAGGAGCUCCGCAAGGAGAUCAGCUACGCCAUCAAGAACAUCCACGGCAUCAGAACUGGCCUCUUCACCCCGGACAUGGCCUUUGAGACCAUUGUGAAAAGGCAGAUUGGGAAGAUUAAAGAGCCUUGCACCAAAUGUGUGGAUAUGGUCAUGUCUGAGCUAGUCAGUACAGUUAGACAGUGUACCAAAAAGCUGGCUCAGUACCCGAUGCUGAGGGAAGAGAUGGAGAGAAUCGUCACUCAGCACAUCAGAGAUCGAGAAAGCCGCACUAAAAAUCAGGUACUCCUUCUGAUCGACAUUGAGUUGUCCUAUAUGAACACCAACCAUGAGGACUUUAUCGGCUUUGCCAAUGCUCAGCAGAGGAUCAACCAAAUGAACAAGAAGAAGGCAGCUGGAAAUCAGGAUGAGAUCAUGCCGGAGAGAGGAGUUAACGAUCGGUUCAAGGUGAUCCGAAAGGGCUGGCUGACCAUCAACAACAUUGGCAUCAUGAAGGGUGGAGCCAAGGAGUACUGGUUUGUCCUCACCGCGGAGUCGCUGUCCUGGUACAAGGAUGAUGAGGAGAAGGAGAAGAAGUAUAUGCUGCAGGUAGACAACUUGCGGCUUAGGGAUGUCGAAAAAGGCUUCAUGUCCAGCAAGCACAUUUUUGCCCUCUUCAACACAGAGCAAAGAAACGUGUACAAAGACUACCGUCAGCUGGAGUUGGCCUGCGAGAGUCAGGAAGAUGUUGACGCGUGGAAGGCCUCCUUCCUGCGAGCCGGCGUGUACCCAGAACGCGUCACGGAGAAGGAAGGAAAGAGCGACACAGGUGACGAAAACGGCUCUGAUGGUUUCAUGAACAGCAUGGACCCCCAGCUGGAGCGUCAGGUGGAGACCAUCCGCAAUCUGGUGGACUCCUACAUGGCCAUUGUCAAUAAAACAGUUCGCGACCUGAUGCCCAAGACCAUCAUGCACCUCAUGAUUAAUAACUGUAAAGAGUUCAUAAACGCCGAGCUACUGGCCCAGUUGUACUCGUGUGCUGACCAAAACACGCUAAUGGAAGAGUCUCAGGAACAAGCGCAGCACCGCGACGAAAUGCUGCGGAUGUACUAUGCCCUACGAGAGGCGCUCAAUAUCAUCGGUGACAUCAGCACCACCACCGUCAGCACGGCCAUGCCACCGCCUGUGGAUGACUCGUGGCUGCAGGUCCAGCGGGGCGGUUCCGGUGGAAGGUCUCCCGCCACCAGUCCCACUCCAAAUCGCAGGGCGCCCCCAGCUCGCCCGGUUUCUCGUGGGCCUCCCCCUGCUGGGGGACCCCCAGUACCAUCCCGUCCUGGGGCUUCUCCAGACCCUUACAGUGGGCCGCCACCUAAUGUGCCCUCCAGGCCCAACCGCGCACCUCCAAGCGUUCCCAGGGGGAUGUGAAGACACCGAGAUAUGGGCAUACAGAAGUCGGAGACCCCCACCUUCUCCGACCCACUAGACCUCCGAGCUCCUCCUCCCUUCCCUUCGUGCAUCCCUCUUCGUCGGGCAACGGCGCCACCUUCCUGUCCUGUGCGGUGCCAGCUCCAUCCUGCUCCUACCUCCCCCUCAAAUAGCGCCACCUGUCCACCGUACAGACACACCACACCUCUGUCAGCACACUUUUUGUUGCACCAGCGCUACUGUCUUGCGCAUGUGCAACUCCUCGGCCAUCUUGAAUUGCAAACUACGCUAAAUAGCAGUACAAAAUACACCUUUGUUGCCUACAGAUGGCAUGCGCAAUAAUAUAAAAUAAAAACAAGGAAACAUGUUUUGUGAUUGUCUUGUUGAGUAGAAUGGAAAAUGGCGCUUUUCCACCUUUAAAGGCCCUCAAAGUGCUUUACACUACAUCGCCGUUACAUACUGGUGACGCAGCACCAGGCGCAACAUAGGGUUCAGUAUCUUGCUCAAGGAUACUUAGACGAGUUCAUCAGGGUCGAGAAUCGAACUUGUGAAACAGUGUGAAUUGGUGAAAGGAUGGGGGGAAAAAAAAGUAAAAUUAUAUGUGCAGAAUUUUGCUUUGAAAAUCUCCGCAAUUAUAAGUUCGACACAGUACUUGAGUACAUUUGAUCAUGUCCAUAUCUUUUUUUAAGAGUCAAAUGUCUAUCCCAGAGCAUGUCCCAUCCUGUAGCCAACUGGAUUUAUUUUGCAUAAGUGUAGCUGAAGUAGUUUGGAAUUCAAGAUGGCCGACAGGUUACGUAUGCGCACGAGUAGCGCUGGCGCAACAAAAAGCGUACUGACAACCUCAACUUACCUGCUGCAUGGCCCUGAACGACACACACAAAAAAAAACCUCACUGUAUCAUACUGUGUAUGCCACUUAAAGAAGUCGUACACAUAUAACCACAAUUUAACCACUGUAUUGUAAAAUAAAAAGAACUCACCUGAGAUGAAAGUUCCAGAAAAACACAUCCUGCAUGAUACACUAUAAACCAUAGAUGCCAUUUAUGAAAUGUGUUUUGGUUGCAAAAUAGCCAAUAAAUGCAUUUUUAGCACAAGUAGAUUUACUACUAGCCAUAUACAGUAUUGGCCCGAAUAUAUGAAGGCCCUGAUUAUAGGACGACCCCCUCUUUUUCAAGACACAAGUUUGAAAAAAAGACUUUUUAAACACCAAAUUAAUUUUCAUACAGAAAAUAAUUACAGUACAUCUGAAACAAAUGAUUAUAACAAUGUAUUUGAGAGAAAAAGCAUGUUAUUUUGCCUUAUUCAAAUCUUAAUAUCUGAACAUUUAAAUAUGUAAACUAAAGUGCAAUCACAUUCGUAAAUGAAUGGCUUCUGGUUUUUGAAAAGUAAAUAAACCAAUCUAUUGUGAUAGAACAACAAAAUUGCAAUAACUGCAUUAACCAUUAAAGUGAAGUCAAACUGUAGUCUUGAAAAAAAUCUGAAUAAGGAAAAACAGUGCAAUAAAAUAAUGCAAACUGUUUAAACUUGAGAGUAGCUGAGAUCUCUCAUGACAGAACAUCGCUUCAAUGAUAUCUGGCGCCAUCUAGCGUCGUGAAUGGGUACAAUGUCUAGUCCGCGAAUAUAAGACCACCCCCACUUUUCCAGUCUUAUUUCAAUGCAAAAAACACCGUCUUAUAUUUGGGCCAAUACGGUACUACAUUAUAUGGCUACACGUUAAUUAUGCUAGCCACGUUUAGACAGAAAUGGUCUGAAGCAAAAACGCAAAAGUGGCAUUUUGAUGUUACUUGAUUCCUGCGUGUAACCCUUCUGCUCCUGUUCUGGAGUAUGGGAGACAGUCUAGGACAGCGGUAUCCAACUCCGGUUCUCGAGAGCACCUAUCCAGCUUGUUUUCCAUGUUACCUCCUCCAACACACCUGACUCAAAUAAUGAGGAUGGUUAUCAGGCUCCUGCAGAGCUUGCUAAUGAGCUGAUCAUUUGACUCAGGUGUGUUAAAGAAGGGAGACAUGGAAAACAAGCUGGAUAGGUGCUCUCGAGGACGGGAGUUGGAUACCCCUGGUCUAGGACAACGCCACCAAAACUCAUUUUUGCGUUUUCAACCAUUUAGACGGCAACGACUGGGUGGAACGUCGAGAUUACCACUUUGGAAGGAGUUCUCAGCGUUUUUGCGGUUUCAGUCCCCAAAAACGCAGUUUCUGUCUAAAUGAAAUGGACAGCCGGGGAAGUUUUUUGCGUUUUUUCCCCCCCGUUACGGUUGUCAUGUAAAUAGGGUUGCCGACAGUCCCGUAUUGCGCGGCAUAUCCUGGAAUCUAGGAAGCUCUGAUUGAUACCGCCGGCGGUACCUAUCAGAACUUCCUAAAUUCCGGUUUGUCCCUCCCAAUCCGGGACUGUUGGCAACUCUACGCGUAAACAACUCCUUAUAUUAUUAUUACCGUCAUUUUUAGACUAUAAGACACGACUAUUUUCUCCCAUUCUGAAGCCUGGCGUAUAUAGUCCAGCGCGGCUCAUAGAAGCUAACUCGAGAAAUUACAUUACUUUCCCUCUGAACAUAUGCCAAAAGAGAAAACCCAAAGAAAAAGCAAAACACCGAGUUUCCCCUGUAGAAGUGUCGCGAGGUCCAUUAUUGUAACAUCUCCCUUGCAUGACGUCUUAUAUGGUUGUCUCAUACGCUCUUUCUUCCUGAACAGCAGGCUCACAAAGGGGGGCCAGAAGACACCCACUUGAUUUUGUUCUUAUUUUCCAUCACUUCAUCACUGCACAGAAGCUAUGCAAUACAGAAAUUCCUCCAACCCCUCACAUACUUUAACUCAUUGGCUGCCAUUGACAACUAGUGUUGCGCAAAUACCGUUUUUUUUUUUCCCUAUUUUUGGCUCCCGAUACAGAUUCUGCUACUCAAAAAUAACCUAUCAUGGCUUGGUCAGACACUGCUUACCAACCUAUUUGCCUACCUUGUAUGGGUGAUAAAUGAAUGGACUCCAAAAUCUUGUUUUUUUUCUUAAUGUUUGCUCAAUUUGCUCAGUUAGCUAAGCUCAUGUGCUAAUCACUUAUGCUAGCAGAGAACAUGGGGUUCACUAGCCUAGUUUCUCUUCUUUUGAAAAAGCUAACAUUUUUAUAAAUGCUCAUGGUAUUGGUAUGGUUGGUAUUCAUAAAACAAAUCCUAGCUGGUAAUACCGUGUGACAUGUACAUUUAUCCAUACAUCAGAAAUAUGACUGCUAAAUGAGCACAAUAAAACUUAACAGAAAUAUCCAUUGGCUCUGACCCUCCCAGUUCAGAUUGAUUGGACAUCUACUCAAGUUAAAAUGUUAAAAUAACAAUUAAAAAAAAAAUCUUUAAAUUAGUUUAAGAGCCACGUGAUUGGAUGUCUAGUAUAUCGUCAAUGGCACUGAAAGAGUUAAAAUCACCUCUUUUUUUUAAAUCCUUGAAUGAAACUGUUACCUUAUCAAGGCGGGAUAUGAAUAAAAAGUGCAAUACUGUAGCAUGUUUCUGUGCCCGUACCCCCCACAUGGAACCUCGUUCUCAUAUUUUCGAAUUAUGUGAAUUAAAAAAUUAACAAUCUGCCCUUGUUUUUCUGCUUUUUCUUUGUCAGUGGUCACGGGGGUGAGUGAGACGAUGCGUUCAAUGUACACCUUUCUGCUGUUUAAUCUCUGUGCCGUGUUGUAUUUUUGGGAGUCCUUCAAACCGAAAUAUCAAUCAAUCAAGAAAUGUGAGGGAAAAUAACCUUACAAAUAGUUAAUCAUUUACGACGGAGCAUAUCUUUGCUGUUGUUCUGUACAGACUAUGUGUUGUGCAUUUUACUGUUUAAAGUAGGGUGUCCCCCCCCCCGCCCCGAAUAUAUGUGACCCGUUUGCCAUUUUGGCCCGGGGACCCCGAGUCUGGACAACUUUAAAAACCAAGGAAAUAAAUGAAUUUAAUCUGUUUAACGUGAUCAUUGAUGUAAACGGAUUUUGGUGGGAUGUUGAAUACUGUGGUGUAGAAGAGAGAUGUUGUUGUUGUUGUUGUUUCCUCCCUCAAUCCAGGGCAAUGUACUGUGACUGUUACUGUGGAUGCAACCAUGACCGCACCCUGCAGAACUGCUGUGACAUUGUUCAUGUAUAGAAAUAAACUGCAGCGUACUGACAGAAGGUUUGUUGUCCUUUUUCAGUCUUUAUUGUACAAGGUAGACAUUUUCUAACCGGCUCAAGGCCUGUCAAGUCACCACUCAUGACGUAGCUUUUGUUGGUGUGUACACUAUCAUUUUUGAGCUAUUCUCCAGUUAGUCUUAGAUGGUUCACAAUGAAAUCUGAUAGAUAUAUUCUAAGGAU